AUGACAGCUUGGUGUGCUGGACUCAUGACCAUUGCGCUUGUGACCACUGGCAGCAUUGUGACAGGUCCUAAACAGUCCCUGCAAAGGAUCCCACGGGAUGACGAUAGUGGCGAGGCUUCAACCACAUCAGCCAAUCUGUGUCCCUGCACUCAGGGCUGCUGUGACAACCAUUGGUUCCAGUACAAAGAUGCUUGUUUCCUGCCAGUUUCCCAACCCCAGAUAUGGAGGCAGGCUGAGAAAAACUGCAAGGAGGAGUACGAUGCCCAUCUAGCCUCCGUUCACAGCCAGGAGGAAAACAACUUCAUCUUCUACCUGAUGGGGCAACAAGAGGAAUAUUGGCUUGGAGCUUGGAGAACUGAGAUCAUUCAUGCCAUCUACACCUUUACAUAUAUGACGUAG